UUUAUUAGUCAGUCUUUUCCAAAAUGUUUAACAUUGUCUCAAUUUUAAUUAUUUUGCAAUUAUUAUCGAUAACUUCGGCCCAAUUUUUGAGAUACCAAGCCUUGAGUCGCGAAAAACGUACUUUAAUUUGGCCAAAGGGCACCGGAGUGGUCCAAGCAAUUGCAGGUUUUGGUAUUCCAGUCCAUUUGAAAGAAGAAACUGUAAUAGUUGGUACAGUCUUCAAAGCUACGUAUCACGUCCCUGAAAAUGUCACUGAAUUAAAAGCUCCUUACGUUACUUACGAGCGGAGAAAACGGUCAGCGACUCGAUGGGACAUUUACAAUUUAUUGUCACAAGCUUUCGAAAUGCGCGGCUUUGACGGCAAAGCUUGCAUCCUGCGAGCCAUCUGUGAGGUCGCUCAUACGCCUCUGCAGAAAAAUUACGGAUUUUUCCACGAGUUGAUUCACACAAUUUUCACCCCGAGCAGCACUAAUGAAAGGGUUAAAUUGAACGCUGAUAACGAAUAUUACGCUGCACAAUUGAUCGGGGAGGAAAGAGGAAAUUGCGGGAAAGUUUUUCACGACUGUGGCACAAGCUUAUUAGAUAUGAUCACAAUUUAUGGCAACGUCCUACCCCCAGCGACACUUCCCGACAAAAUGAUUAAGUGCAAGACACUUUUUCUCGCCUUUUUCCUCUCGUUGGCGGCGAACGGACAAGACAGUUUAAGCCGCGAAAAGCGCACUUUGAUUUGGCCCCAAGGCGGUAGCAAACUACUGGCUAUUUUCGGCAUCGGCAUUCCGGUCGAUUUAAAAACGGAAACAGUAAUCGUAGGAAUGGUGAUCAAAGCUAACUAUCGAUACCCCACAAAUCUGACCGAACUUCGCCAGCCUUUUGUUACCUUCCAGCGGAAAAAACGGGGGGCGAGUCGCUGGGAUUUAUACGCAUUGUUGACACAAGCACUGGAAAUGCGAGGCUUUGGGGGCAAAUCGUGUCUUUUGCGAACCAUCUGCGAAGUUGCGAGAACUCCUUUGGAGAAGAACUUCGGACUUUUUGCCGAACUCAUUCAUACGUUUUUCACCCCCACUGCUACGAAUGAACGGGUCAGCCACCACAGAGACAAUGAGUAUUACGCCGCGCAAGUUCUGGGAGAGAAGGGCCUCAACUGUGGGCGCAUUUUCAAAGAGUGCGACACGAAUUUAGCGGACCUGUUCACUGUACCUGACUAUUUCAAUUAAUUAAAAUAAAAGACAAAUGUUU